AUGGCAAGAGGCCCAAAGAAGCACCUUAAGAGAUUGGCAGCACCAUCCCACUGGAUGUUGGACAAAUUGUCCGGCACCUACGCCCCAAGACCAUCUGCAGGUCCACACAAGUUGAGAGAAUCCUUGCCCUUGAUUGUGUUCUUGAGAAACAGAUUGAAGUACGCCUUGAACGGUAGAGAGGUCAAGGCCAUCUUGAUGCAAGAGCACGUCAAGGUCGACGGUAAGGUCAGAACCGACUCCACCUUCCCAGCCGGUUUCAUGGACGUCAUCACCUUGGAGGCCACCAACGAGAACUUCAGAUUGGUCUACGACGUCAAGGGUAGAUUCACAGUCCACAGAAUCACCGGCGAGGAGGCUUCCUACAAGUUGGGUAAGGUCAGAAAGAUCGCUUUGGGUAAGAGAGGCGUUCCUUACGCUGUCACCCACGACGGUAGAACCAUCAGAUACCCAGACCCUCAGGUCAAGGCCAACGACACUGUCAAGAUUGACUUGGCCACUGGUAAGAUCACCGACUUCAUCAAGUUCGACACCGGGAAGUUGGCCAUGGUCACCGGCGGUAAGAACAUGGGUAGAGUCGGUGUCAUUGUGCACAGAGAGAAGCACGAGGGUGGUUUCGACUUGGUCCACAUCAAGGACGCUUUGGAGAACACCUUCGUCACCAGACAAUCUAACGUCUUUGUCAUCGGUACCGAGGCUGGCAAGCCAUACGUGUCGUUGCCAAAGGGUAAGGGAAUCAAGUUGUCCAUUACCGAGGAGCGUGACAGAAGAAGAGCCCAGGGUGGGUUGUAA